UCAUAAUUCAUACGUGAUUGAUUCCUACAAAUCUUUGUUUUCUUGGUUAUCUGUUUGGAAAAGGAAGGAGUUGUGAUGGGAUUUUGAAUUUCGUCAAGAAAUGAUUGGAGUUUCUAUCACUUAAAAAAACAAUUCUACCUCUAAAUUUCUUCCCAGUACCAGAUCGGCAGUAAAAUUUCAUAUUCUUUCCGGUGAUUAUUGUAUUGACUCCAAAUAUGGUAUUGGAAAUGCAUUUUAAUUUUCUUUGUUAAAAAGGAAGUUAAUCUUCUUUCUACUACCACAUAAUGGGGAGAGAGAAUUUCAUAUUUCUUUUGCAUUGAUUAUUGAUUCCAAAUAUGGCGUUUGAAAUGUAUACUUCUAUGAUAAAGAGGGCAAAAGAAAAAGGGGUUCCAAGACGGUGGUUUUGUGUUUUUUUCCAUCUGGUCUGUAGUGUAUGUUGUGAGUUUCCAGUCCAGUCUGUUAGCAUGAUUGGGUAAAAUUUGCUAAUUUUUAUGGAGAAUGUUGUGAAUCUUGAUGGUUUCUUUUUAAACUUUGUGAAAUAUGAUAUUGUUUAGAUUUGUUUUCCUAAGCUAAAAUCCCCAAACCCCUGUUUUUUUCCCCCUUUAUUUUUUUUUCUUGCCUGAUAAAAAGCACUGUAUCUAAUUAUGGGGUUUAAGGAUUUCCUUGGGUUUUUAUAUAUAUUUUUUAUUUCUUUAAUGAGUUUUGAUGAUGAUAGCUAUGUAAUUUUGAUGUUUUGAACUUUGGGUUCUUUUUGUCUCUUUCAGUUAUCUAGGCUUGAAAAGCUAAAACCCCAAAGCCCUGUUUUUUUUCUUUUUUGUUUUAUUUUUUUCUUGCCUAAUAAAAAGCACUGUAUCUAAUGAUUGGGUUUAAGGAUUUCCUUGGGUUCUUUUAUUUUUUUAUUUCUUAAAUGAGUUUUGAUGACUAUGUAAGUUUGAUGUUUUGAAUUUCUGGGUUCUUUUUGUCUCUCAGUUAUCUACGCUUGAAGACCUUCCAGGUUCAGUCAAAUAUUUCUUUUGUUUCUUCUGAAGUUUGGUUUAGUGAUUCUUCUUUUGAUUUAAGACUGCUUUUUGUUGGCAUUUUGGAAGUAAGACGAAAAACAAUUCUUCUAAUGGAAAAGUACUUGCAAUAUAAGAUCUGAACAAUGCUUUAUUAAUUAUUACCUCUUUUUUAUAUAUAAGAUCUGAGAAAUGCUUUUCUUUAUGUGCAAACCACAAGAAAAGUGUUUUAUCUGGUAAUGAUUUGCUUGGGAUGUCAUUUUCUACUCUUUUCUCCAAUAUUGUUUGUUAAGAGCCUGAAAGAAUAAUGAAGAAAAAUAAAUUUUAAGAGCUCAUGUUAAAGAUAAUCUGAAAAGUAAUCAAAAUGAGAUAGCACAAAUCAGGGACAAGAUUAAGAGAGAAUCACUUUAGGUGGUUUUGACACGUGCCAUAGAGACCAUUGAAUGUGCCAAUAGGGAGGAGUUUUGAUUUGAGUUGAAGGGUUAUUAAAAUAUGAAGGCAAUCUUGAAUUUGGGUUGAGGAUUUGAGAAAAGAUGUGAUGAUCUUCAGUUUAACCAAGGACAUGACAGUAGAAGGAAUUGAGUGAUGACAAGGAUUCAUGUAGCUGACACUCAGAGUAGGGAUGGAAGACUUAUUGUUGUUGCUGUUGUUCUUGAAAGUCUCUGAUCUUUUUCUUUUUCUUCCUACAGUUUUGAGCACACAUUUUCUUGGAUGCAAUGGAACUCUUCGAAAGCUCUUUGCCCCUGUGCCCUAGACAUCAACAUUGCUCACUGUGGGCUUGGAGAUUUAUGAAAUUUUGUCUUUGUAGUGUGAAGGAUGAAAUUUCUUUAACGCUUGGUGUGAUUAGUGUUAUCAGUUGGGCCAUUGCUGAGAUACCUCAAAUUAUUACAAAUUACAAGGAAAAAUCCUCAGAGGGCCUCUCUAUUGCUUUUCUCAUGACAUGGAUAGUAGGAGAUCUUUUCAACGUUUUAGGCUGCUUUCUGGAACCUGCUACUCUUCCAACCCAAUUCUAUAUGGCGGUGUUAUAUACAAUAACUACUCUGAUUCUUGCUGCACAAUCCAUAUACUAUGGUCACAUCUAUCAUCGAUUGAAAUCCAGUAGAUGGUACCACAAGGAGAUCAAGCCUAACCAGACUGGGACAAUCAAUAAGAAUAGAGAGGACAAUAACAGUGCUGGUGGGAGACAAGUUUCUGAUGGACUAAAAAAUGAGUCUAAUGUUUUUGGAGAAGUUCCUCUGAGUUCACCAAUCCCCGUCAAUCUUCCGGCCAGUCCUAGAAAUAUCUCUCCUUCAAGAGAAUUAUACUACAUGUCUGCAAGAUCUCUAUCAAAGAGUCAUGCCCCUGCAAUGGGAUCUUUUUUAGCACAGAGAAAAACAUCUCCCUCAGUUCAUGAUUCGAAUUCCCUUGAAGAGCCCUUACUCAGUAGUGUAGUUCUGUCACAAUCUGCACCGGCAUCAACCACUAAAUCCAUGCUUUCUAUGCUCUCAGCAACAAUGUUCUUCCUCGGCUGUUUUAAUUUCCUUCCAUCUGAAAACAACAGAGAUGACAUUGUUGCAGAGAAACCAAACCAAGGAGGCAUUGCGCUAAAAGUAGGAAGAACACUUCUGCAGCUAAGUGAAGGUGGAGGGAACAGUGGGAUUGGGACCUUUCUCGGAUGGUCAAUGACAGCUAUUUACUUGGGCGGACGGCUUCCCCAAAUUAUUUUAAAUAUCAGAAGGGGCACAAUUGAGGGGCUUAAUCCACUAAUGUUCCUCUUUGCUUUAACUGGAAAUGCUACAUAUGUAGGAAGCAUUCUGGUGAGCAGCUUGGAUUGGUCAAAAAUCAAACCAAAUCUACCGUGGUUGGUGGAUGCAGGAGGAUGUGUGCUUCUUGAUGCUUUCAUUUUAACUCAGUUCAUCUAUUUCCACUCUCGAACUCCAGAAGACCAAGAGAAUAAGGAUGGAAACUUCAAUGCAGCUUAGCUGGUGACAAAAUUGUCAUCAUGUUUAUCAUGUUAUCUGUCUUAUGCGCACAGGUUGCACUGAGCAUCAUGGAACAGAUUACCUACGGGUGAGGCAUUAAUUGCACAGAAUGGGGGUUCCCUUUGGUCUGCAGGUGCUACUCAUAGUGUUUUUCUUCUACCAUCCUGGUUUGAUCUGCAGAUGCUACUCUUAGUUGAAUACAGAACCCCAUGAUAAAAGAAUAAUUGGCAUACUGGGGUUGUACAGAUCUCACUAGCCUUUUCUUUUUCCUGGUCUUCUUCAGUACAAUUUUCAAUUCUAGCAAUCGCAACAGUGACUUGGUAGUUUUAUCCAAGUGAUAACACUUCUUUUACCAUUAAUUCACGUUUGCAGCUAAAUUUUCAA